UUUCAAUCCAUCAAUAAAGUUGACUUGCGGAGUCGAGUACGUGAGACUCAACUGCACGAACAACUUCUGGCCCCCGUCCUUCUUUUACCCUUCACGCGCCAUGGUCGAUCGUCGCUCUGACUCCGAAGACGGUUUGCGUGCUAAGCGUCAAAAGAUGGAUAAAGCUGGCACGGAUCCCAAGGACAAUCCAUACCUGGCUCAUAUGUAUGCGGACGCUUCCUCGAACGGCAACGAAUGGGCUGCAGAUAAGGAUUCGCCAUUUGCCAAGGUGAAGAGACAUCAGUCGACUGCCGCUCAGGCACAGAAGAUCGAAGAUGGAGAUAUCAACCCUUUCAACGGCCAGCCAUACUCCAGCAAAUAUUUCUCGAUUUUAAAAACUCGGCGCGAUCUUCCUGUCCAUGCGCAGAGGUAAGUACAAAAGUUCUCUUCUCUUAAUCGCGAUUAUUUACAAGUGAGCGACCUCUAAUGUUCAUGUUUAAGAGAUGAGUUUCUUCAACUCUA